CCGGGGGCUCCAGGGCGGAGCUUUCCCCCAAACGGAUGGGGCGGGCCUUGCAUCGGAAGUUGUGCGGGUGAGCAGGAAGCAGACUCCCGGAGAGCGGCUUUAACCGAGGAGGCAUGAUUCUCUGGCGGGCAUACCAGAAAGUACUGGCCACUCACCCAUGGAAGGUACAGAUUAUCACAGCUGGGUCCCUGAUGGGCAUAGGUGACAUCAUCUCUCAGCAGCUGAUAGAGAAACGGGGUUUAGAGAAGCACCACGUCCGCAGGACCCUGACCAUGGCUUUUUUAGGCUGUGGCUUUGUGGGCCCUGUGAUAGGUGGUUGGUACAGAGUUUUGGACCGACUCAUCCCUGGCAACACCAAGAUGGAUGCACUGAAGAAAAUGGCAGUGGAUCAGGGGGCCUUUGCCCCAUGUUUUUUGGGGUGUUUGCUUCCAUUGAUUGGUACACUUGAUGGACUGUCAGUCAAGGACAACUGGGCCAGAUUGCAACGGGAUUACCCUGAUGCCCUCAUCACCAACUACUAUGUAAGAGACAAACCAGUCAUUCUCCUUAAAGCUGUGGAAAAUCUGUGUGCUUUGGGCCUUCCCUGGAUUGGAUCUUGGUUGGGGAUGACUUGGGACCUGAGCAGAUCUGGCCUCCUGUGCAGUUGGCCAACUUCUACCUUAUUCCCCUUGCCUACAGGUUGGCUUUUGUCCAGUGUGUUGCUGUUACCUGGAACACCUACCUAUCCUGGAAGUCACAUCGGUCCUGAGUACUCUUCUCCUCAUGCCCCCGAACCUAGGAGCUAUACCUCUUGACCCUGGGAUGGGUUCAGAUGUCUUCAGAGCAGUCCCAUACAGUUUUCAGGAUGCCAAGCCAUUGGACAGAAAGCCCUUCUGGGAUGGAACACUGAGACGAAUCAGUCUUCCCUAUAAAAUGUAAAUAAGGACAACCUUGCAGGUAGUUUUAGAAAAUGAAAACUGGUGUAUCUUGCUUUUUUUGCUGCCACUAUGUACAGUCUUUUUCAAAUUCCCUGCUCAACUCUUCCUAACCCAUCCCCCUUGGAAUUUGGCUAGACCCUUAAUUCACCCUAGACCUUCACAGACACCUUUACCUCAAAUAAAUGGUAGUGAUAAUUAAUGUGGUUUGUGGCUCUAGACACACGAUGCCGUUCCAACAGAAACUUAAAGACCUGUGAUGCUGUUCGGUAUUCCACUUCAAUCUUUCCUCCUCCCUGACCCAGGGAAGAAUUCAGUCAGGCUGAAGCCAGAGCUCUGCACCUAUCUCUAUCUUUCCCCCUUCUUUCCUGGCUUAAGAAUAAAAGAAUCAGAUAGACCACUGGGUAAUUAACUCUUUGCAUAACUAUCAAUUGCCCAGGGU